UAUCGCGCUUUAACCCGGAAACCGUGGAAACCCGCAAAACUCUGCAUCUGCAUACCGCUGCAAAGCGGAAAAGGAAAAACUCCCCGAAGCGCGCGACGACGACACGAGCGCGGCCGCGGCGGUGAAACGAACGGGCGGACCGGUUCUUCUUCUCCCGCUGGUCUCCGGCCCCUCCCUCUCCAACACCUCUGCAUGCCCAGCCCCCAUGCAUGCCCUCUUGUUCUCUCCACCGCGAAACAUGAGCCCCCGCAAUUCUCCUUUGCCACCACACCCUGCGCUCCUCUCGCCUCCUCCUCCUCCUCGUCUUCUUCCUCCUCCUGUCCUGGAUCUCACAGGGUGGCAGUUCCUCGAAUAAAAAAAUGGCGGACAGUAACGCCGGCGGCAACAACAGUAGCGGUGCCGCGAACAACGCCGAGGUCCAGAUACCGAUCCCAGCUCCAUCCAAGGCUGAAGCUGCAGCAGCUCCGGAAACACCAGCAGGCAAGCCAUUUCGAUGGUGGGCGAUGGUGGCAGUGGACGUCUUCUUCCUCAUCGCCGGUCAGACAUCGGCGACACUGCUGGGCAGAUACUACUACACCCAAGGCGGCCGCAGCAAGUGGAUAUCGGCGUUCGUGCGGACGGCCGGCUUCCCGAUACUGUUCUUCACCCUCUUCUUCUUCCCCUCGAAGUCACCGUCCUCCUGCACCAACACUCCCAUGGCCAAGCUCGCCGUGAUAUACAUCGUCCUGGGCCUCAUCAUCGCCGCCGACGACAUGAUGUACACUGGUGGCCUCAAGUACCUCCCCGCUUCGACCUACUCGCUCAUCUGUGCCAGCCAGCUCGCGUUCAAUGUCGUCUUCUCAUACGUGCUCAACUCCCAGAAGGUCACUCCUCUGAUAUUCAACUCCGUCGUGCUGCUCACCAUGUCCGCUUCGCUCAUCGGAGUCAGCAAGGAGUCUCAGGGGGUCACCGGCGUCUCGGGAGGGAAGUAUCUGCUCGGUUUCGUGCUGACGCUGGGGGCGUCGUGCACCUACUCGCUGAUCCUCGCGCUGAUGCAGCUCACCUUCGAGACCAUCAUCAAGAAGCACACCUUCUCAGCCGUCCUCAACAUGCAGAUCUACACGGCGCUCGUGGCGACGGCCGCGUCGGUGGUCGGGCUGUUCGCGAGCGGCGAGUGGAGGUCGCUGAGGGGGGAGAUGAACGCGUUCAGGUCGGGGCAGUUCUCCUACCUGAUGACGCUGCUGUGGGCGGCCGUGUCGUGGCAGGUGGCCAACAUCGGGGUGCUCGGCCUCAUCUUCGAGGUGUCGGCGCUCUUCUCCAACGUGAUCAGCACGGUGUCACUGCCGGUCAUCCCGUUCUUCGCGGUGGUGGUGUUCCACGACAGGAUGAACGGGGUGAAGAUCGUGGCCAUGCUGAUUGCAAUUUGGGGAUUUAUUUCGUAUCUGUUUCAGCACUAUCUAGAUGGCAAGAAAGCGAAGAAGGCUUCAUCGGGUGAUAGUGCGCAGGGGUGAUCAGAUUAGGUGGCCACAGUGAUAUUAUCGUGGUAGAGAUUGAUUGCUCUCCGCCAAUAAUCUUAGCUAGUUUUGUUGGCUGCGAGGUACUAGAUGUUCGUUACUUAUGUUAUGUUGCAGGUUGUUCGUCAGAUAAAAACUAGUACGUACUUUGUUUUUUUGUGUUGCCAACGUGUUCAGAUGUACAAUUUUGCUGGAUUACUAGUAGUUUUCUUGUUCUUUUCUUCAUGUGCGUUUGUGUAAGGGUAUGACGCAUAAUUGUAUAUCACGAAAGAAUAGAAAUAGUAGUACUAGACUAGUAAAGAACUCUUUAUUUG